AUGUCGCUGUUUUUCCUUCAAAUGUUCGUGCUCUCAUGUCUUGGAGCCACAGAGCUACAGAGAAAUUCACAGCAAAGGAAAAGCAGAAGGCCAUUUCAGCACUUUCUCUAUCUGGACAAAAAUCUGUUUAAAAGUCAAAGUUCUCCUGAGCUGGUAAGUGAGAACCCACCAAGAGUUGAAGAGACACUGAAAGUACCAAGCUUUUUUGUAUCAAUUCCACAGACAGCAUCUGGAAUUGAGAAGAAAGAGGAGAAAAAAAUGUCCAGAUUCAUACUUCCCAAUGCGAAACUCCACGCAGACCAAAAUCCGAGUACCUGGGUUGCACCCAGAGAGAUCCCUCCUGUGGAAAACUUCUCUCCACCCCAUUAUUCCAGCAAGAGAGAGUCUGAAUUUUCCUACAGAAAAGAUGCCAAGAAAUUCUGGGAACAUUUCAUGAAAAAUUCAGCAUCUGAAGAGGUUGUUCUGCCAAUCAAGACCAAUGAAAUGCACCAAGAAAACUGCAGAACCCUGCCUUUUGCCCAGGGUGUUACUCAUAACAGCUGUGAAAAGGUGACAAUACAGAAUAAUCUGUGUUUUGGAAAAUGUAGUUCUUUUCAUGUUCCUGGUUCAGAAGAUCAUCUUUAUACCUUUUGUUCUCACUGCUUGCCCAGCAAGUUCUCCAUGAAGCGCCUGGAUCUCAACUGCACUGAUUCUGUUCCAGUGGUUAAAGAAAUCAUGAUUGUAGAAGAGUGCAAAUGUGAAACUCUGAAGAUUAAAGACCCUAUGACUGGAUCUCUACUGUCAGACUUGUAUGAAAAUGUACAUGAGCACAACUAA